AGAAAAAGAAAAGAAUAACUUUGAGGUAAGCAAAGACAUCUUCUCUUGUCUCCUCCUUUAUAAUAUCAUCACCAGUUUUCCUCAAACUGUUACCCACCAACCAAUAUACCAGAAUUGCCCUCACUGGCUGGUGAAUUAAAAUGAGGUAAUUAAUGCAUAAUAACAAUUUAUUUAAAGUUUGGGACUCUUGUCUAACCUCAUAAUAAUAAUAAUAUGCUAGCAAUUGCUAAGCCAAUUUUAGUGAUUUCAAUAAUGUGUGAAUUGGAUGGGUAAUUUACAAGGUCCCGUCGAACCGCUCCGGACCCUAUGAUGCCCCCCGUGUUCCAAGAUCCAAGGGCAGACGAAUGGGAACAACGUCAAUUGGACAAGAUUAAACAGAGGUAUGAGAAGCAGGAAGAAAUAGUUGCAACAUGGGAAAACGAGCACAAGCACAAAGCAGAGCUCAAGUAUGAAAAGAUUGAGGCUGAACUGAAAGAGAAGAUGGCAAGAGCUUUGAGGCGUUACGAAGAAGAGAUAGAAGGAAUAGAAGGCAUAUCAAGAGAAGCAAGAGCCCAAUUGGAAAGUGAAAAGAAAAGGGAAGAGCAUAAGGUGAAGGAAGAGGCCAACCAAAUCAGAUUUACUGGCACCUUUCCCGAACAGUCAUGUUCCCUCAUGUAGUCGCGCUCUUUCACAACUGCAAUGUUACAUAGACAAAUUAUAUCGUGCACCCGCCAUCCGGAUGUACCUGCUUUCAUAAAUUUAGGUCCAAUUAACACUAUAUAACUUGAAAAUGUAUGCAUAAUUGUAUACUGACUUCAUAAUGUGCACACUCUGUAUGUAAAAAAAAAUGGGUUUGCAUUUUCAUGAUUUAAAUUAUUAUUGACAAAAUGAUAAUUAUAAAAGAAUUAAGCUUGGGGUACCCAAUUUUGACAUCACUCUUCCCACAAAUCCCGAAAAGAGCCAGAUGUUUGUGAAUGUAUGUAAAAAGGUGGUACAAAAAAUGGGUUACGCCUAGCAUUUUUCAUUAUGAAAUAUGCAUACAUCAAUUUCAUUACGUGCGUGCUCCAACUAAAUGCAAACAAAUAAUUGUGCAAAAGAGGUUUUUUUACUUGUAAAUGUGUAUAGGUUGGAUGUACAAUAAACACCGUACAUCUAGAUGUAUAAUAUAGAAAUUCAAUGUCACACUAUUUAUCACAAAUUGCACGUACCCUAAAAUUCUGUCAUAUUCAUAAUUGUUCAGGCAAUAAUAAUGUACCCAAAUGUACAUAAUCUAAUUUGAACACCUGUGGUUAUAGUGGACAUACUGUAAAUAAUAAAAAAUGACCUGUUUGGCAAAGCAGUUAGCAGAUAGUAGCUGUUACAAUUUUCAAAAAAAAAAAAAAACUUUCUAAAUGAAAUUCUUGUAAAAUAUGGGUAAACUGCUUAAGUAACAAUCUCAACCAUUUGUGAAAAUAAGUUCAACAAGUAGAGUUGAAUCCCACAGCAGUAGGGAGGCUGUUUCCAAGAGACCCCUGGCUCAAGUACCACAGAUUGGUGUCAAACAUAAAUCAGGUAAACACUUAACUAGGAUAAAGAAUCCUGUACAUAAAUUAAAAGCUUAUUCGGUUCAAAAUGGCUUCAAUAAAAGCUUUUGAUUCACUUGGAUAAGUCUAUUUUCUUUCAAAUGAAGGGCAAAGAACACCACAUAUUAAACUACAGUGUGCAAAAAAUUAAAAAUGCACCACUUGCUUCUUCCAGGUGAAGAACGAGGUUGGUGGUCUGGAGUGAUCCACCUCUUGGAAAAUCCAAGUUGGUAUUAUCCUACAAUUAGGCGUGUCCAAAGGCAUCCAAUGACCAAGUGCAAAGGCCAUGCAACAAAGAUAUCAAAAGAACAAUUUAAGUGAUAUACCUUUUGUACUUGGAUUCAACAUUUAAUGAUCAUUAAGAAAAUUUACUUUUUGAUGUACGAGCAUUUGAAAACUUGCGGAGGAAAUGUAAGUAGAAAAUUUAAGCAUAUUGUAGUGGGUAAUAAUAAAUUAAUAUAAAUACCUAUCCUAUUAUCUCUUAAGGUCUACUAUUUCUUCCAAAGGGAAGGAAAUCAUUGGCUGGUAAAGUGAGGGAAACCACCCAAAUGAGGAACCCCUUACUUACCUCAGGAGCCUCAUUCUUCAUUCACUAUUCUUUGAUACAAGACUCAAUGAAAUCUCACUUGUUGAGGCUCAGAACAAUGUUUCCACAAGGCAAUGAGAAGCCACAUCUGCCAUGGCUGCAAUGACCGAUUCAUUUCGAACUGCCACGCCAAGAUACAAAAUACUCCUCAAAUGCCAAAAAUUAGUACUCCAUAGUCAGUAUCAUCACAGCCUCAUAAGAAUCACAACAAUAACAAUGUUUCAACUGAAAAUCUUCUGUUUUGAUUUCACACACUAAUAGAAAAAGCAUACCUCAACUAUUGAGUAAAAUGUUUGUAAAGCCAAAUGGCUACACAGUUCUAGUUAACUGUUCCAGACAUUUUGAUGGUAAUUCUUAUGGGAAAACCAUACAAGUGAUUAUUCUUAACUUGAAAAAGUUAAGCUGGGGGUCUCUUGGAAACAACCUCCCUUCUCUUGAGUAGGGGCAAGGUCUGCGUACACACACCCUCCCCAGACUCUACUUUCGUGGGA